AUGGCAAAUUUGCUAAUAGGUUUGACACAAUAACUUAAAGUGUUAGAGAAACAAUACCCCACAGGGUUGCCUGCCUUUUAUUAGUUGAUGUCCAGUUUGACAUUCGCACUCCACACAUUUAGUAUUAAAUUUUUUGAAGGAAUUCCUGCCAGCUAGAUCAUAGUUUGGAGGUCUGUCCUGACCUUGGUUAUACUCUAAAUCCUAAUUUAAAUGUUCCCUUGUUAAUCAUACCCAAAAAGCAAGGGGACUCUGGUAAAGUUGAUUGGAAGAGGAGUUUUCGGAGGCAUUGGGUUUAUCUCAUUCUUUCUUGCUUUAAAAUUGACGACUGUGUCUGAAGCAGUGGUGCUGAUGAAAACCAAUCCUUUGUGGACAACCUUAUUGGUAGUUUACAUUUAUAAAACUGAGAGGAUGACAUGGAGAUCGAUGAUGGAAAUACUCUUCUGUCUUUUUGGCGUGGUUCUGAUUGCAAAACCACCUAUUAUAAUGUCAGUACUAGGUUAUGAAACUCAUGAAUUAGAAUUCACUUACUUGUAUUUCAUAGGACUGUGUCUCUCGUUAUUGACGGCAUUGACUACUUCGAUUACAUAAGUGCUGAUCAGUUCACUUUCGAAAGAGGCUCAUCAAUUAGUCAUAUUACAGUAUUUUUCAUUAUUCGGAAUAACGAUGGCUUCAAUCUAUCAGCUCUAUUCCCCAUUUGAACAAUUUCAUUAUUUAAGUUUAUCAGAAAUGGGUUUAAUGAUAAUCAGUGGGUUCUUGGGUUGUUUAGCUUAGUUGUUUAUGAAUAGAUCAAUGAUGAUAGGAGAUGUAACACAGAUGUCAUUAGUUGGACAAUCUCAAAUCGUAUUCAACAUUUUGUUGGAUGUCCUCAUCAUGAAGCAAAACAUAGGAAUAUUGAGUUCUUUAGGUAUAUUUCUGAUAGCAGCCAGUCUAGUUUCCAAUAUCUAUAAGAAAAAGAAAAAGUGA